UUUUGACAGAUCAAAAACCUUCCAGUAAUAGAAAUGGUGAAGCCAUCCGUAAUUCAACAGAUGCACGGAAACUUGAAAAACGAGUAGAUCAGUUGAGGGAGGAUUACAAUACAAACAUGGAUGCCUACAGGAAGUUGAAAUAUUCAGCCAGUACUCCAGAAGGAGUGAGAGAAAUAGAACAUAUUGUCAUGCAACUUGAUGAAAUUUGUACAGAAAUGCCAGAUAUGUUCAGACUUUCACCAGAAAUACAAGCCAGACUGUUGUCCACAAAGAAGGAAAGGUACCAACUGAAAUGGGAAAAGCUCAACAAGAGGGAACAGGAAGUUAAACAACAUAGAAUGUCCCCCGUGUCGCCAUUACUAAGGGACAGUCACUCUGGUGUCGUGUACAACCAACAGGUAAAAAAGAUAAUAGUUUACUUUCUAUUUAAUUUCAUGCUCGUAAGACUUCAUUCAUGUUUUCUACCAAAAUCAAGCCUAACCUCCAUUUUGCCAGACCGCAUGGACGGACGGCCAUCGAGGAGUAACAGCCUGACUGAUCACCUACACUCUCACAGCAGUACUGACAGACCAUCAUCACGUGCCAGUAACAGAGGAUACAGUUCUGCUGACCCUGAUAGACC